AUGUUAGAGGAUUUUCCAGCUCAAGAGCCUCAUGUGAUGAAGGUGACCAAAAGCCAUCUCGCCAGCCGAGCGGCAGACCUCUAUCUGGUCCCUCCCUACGCGGCGCGCUUAACAGAAACACCGCGAGUGGUUCGGCUGCUCGACCACAAUUACGGCCAGCAGGACCAGUCCUGCGACGAACAACUACACCACGAACACCAACCCCAGGCCCAGCCGGGACUGCUACUCGAGGUGGAACAGCUACUGGAGCAGGAGCAGGUUCUCGCACACCACCACCCGGCCGCCUUCUACAACGCACUGGAGCUCCACGCCAAGACGCAACGACGAGACCAGCCCAGAACCUCUGCCGCGACUGGCAAGCACACCGACCGGCGCGUCCGCCGCCUUGUCGAGAAGACCAAAACCUCCCUUGCCGAAGAAGAAGAUUCGUCUGCGCUCGCCGCCGAAGACCUCCCUAGCCGCGUUGAGCACUAUAUCAACACAAUCGUGGACCCGCCCGUGAAUCCGACGACGGAACUCCCUCACGUGCCCGGUCAAGAUCUCUCCGUCUCUGAAUUGCGCAAAGAUUGGCCAAACACACCACUCUCCAACUCCGGAUUAGUGGAGAGCGUGCAACAAAGGAUCGAGUGGCUCGCACAUCGAAUUCCGCAUGGAUAUCAGACACCGGGACAAUUGGCGGAAUGGUACACCAAGGGGUAUUUCACGCGUUUUGAAUCCGAGUCGGAGAAGGAAGAGGUCUUGAAACUUGCGCAGGAAAUGGCUAGGGCAGAGGCGGACAAGGAGACUGAGAAGACAAACGUCGAAGUCCAGCCCAAGGACAUGGAGUUUGACGACGUGGUUACCCGCGCGGCUGAGCGCAAGGGCCUCGCGGAUACCUAUGUGCGUGGCGUAUAUCCCGACGUCAAGAAGCAGAAGAUGCCGUUCUUGGACCAGAUCGUGCGGAAUCUGAACAACAACGCGACGUUUCCCCAUGGCAAGACCGAGCAGUUUAUGCAGACGGUGCAGAAGGUCAUCGUGUCGCAUGCGCAGGAUGGUGGGCAAGCUCAGAAGAGGACCGAAAAGUAA